AUGAGUAACGGUCAAGUUUAUGAAUCUGAGUUACUCGGACUAGUGAGAGAGUAUUUGGAUUUUGCUGAAUUUGAAGAAACAGUGAAAGUAUUUACAAAUGAAUGUCAAAUAAAAGGGAAGACACUACCUAAACCAGCAGGUGUUUCCUCCAGAGAUUCAAAAGCUUUGGCUAUUCAGAAAGAUCUGCUUACAGCAUUUGAAAAUGGUGAACAGAAAGUUUUCUUUCAGCUCUGGGAGGAGCAUAUUUCAUCUUCAGAUCUGGGCGAUGAACCGGCUGCUCAGAAACUGGAGUUCUAUCUUCACAUACACUUUGCCACCUACCUCUUGAAACACAAUAUUGGAAAGCCUGACAAAAAUGAACUUGAGGAAAGGAUUUCUCAUUUUAAGGCAUACCUGGAAACAAAAGGAGCUGCACUGAGCCAUACUACAGAGUUUCUUCCCUUCUAUGCUUUGCCUUUUGUUCCAAACCCCAUGGUACAUCCUUCUUUUAAAGAACUUUUCCAGGAUUCUUGGACAUCGGAUUUAAGGAUGAGAUUGGAAAAGCUCCUGUCUCUGACCCUCAAAGACACUCCUGGGCUUCUCACUUUAUUUAAGGAGAAUGGACAGUGCAGCAAAGAAAGAUUGCAGCACCUUCAACAACAGUUAGUGGAAUCUGAGCGCAGAGCCAUGACCUACCUGAAACGAUUUAACGAAAUGCAGGCGGACUACCAUAACCUUAUUGGAGUCACUGCAGAGCUGGUGGAUUCCUUAGAGGCCACAGUCAAUGGCAAGAUGAUCACACCAGAGUAUCUUCAAAGUGUUUGUGUUCGCUUGUUUAACAAUCAGAUGAGACAAAAGGUAGCACAUAGUAUUGACUUCACAAGGCCUGGAACU